AUGCCCUCUCCUCGUUCAAAGACUCCUGCUGGAAAUGAGGACAUGUUGGAGGCUUUCCGGCUGUUAUUAUUGACACUUAACUUGUCCUCUGCUGACUGCAUCAAGCUAGCUUCAAGCCUUCUCCCCAACAAUGCCAUCGGCGAAUCUCCCACCAAAGCAGACUCCCCCCUCACUGUCUCUGCUGCCAAAGCGAAUUCCACCCCUGUAUCCUUGAUCAUUGGCGAAGAAUCUCCCACCGAAGCAAACUCUACCCUUACCAUCUCCACCCUCAAUAUCUCUGCUGCCAAGGUAAAUUCCACCCCUACCAUCGUUUGGGAUGAUAUGGACAGAUAUGCUGAGAUUGAUGCUGCUCUGGCUAUGGGCAGUGUCCUCAACAUACACAAGGGCGUGUAUUUCAAUGUCCCUGUGAAUCAUCAAACUGGAGUCACCCUUUACUACAUCACAAGGGGCCGAAAGCUUCGAGUAUUCUCUGGAUGGAACAAGACUGGCCCUUGGGUCUCCAGUGUGAGUCGCGCCUUGUAUGCUAAGGCAGAUUCUGUGGAGCAAGGCAUUGAGAUUGUCAAGUUUGCGAUCAAGGACGGUACUGCUGCUAGGGUAUGA